GCAAAACAACAUGCCGGGCCGCACCGAUGGCACGCCUACAGCAGCUGGUGGAUCUUUUCAGCUGCAGCAAUCGAACGGCCAACAUGGCCUGGAGAACGCUCGCUCUUCACUUCCCGGCAAGGGCCAAGCUGGACAAAGCUGGUUGCUUGAAGAGUGGUGGCCUGCUUCUUCAAGGAUCUCAUCGGGGUUGCCGCCGGCAUCAAGAUAGUCCAGAAACAGGCGGUCUCUACCGUCCUGGACAAGGCGCGAAGGCCCUCGAUCGAGCAGGCCUCAAAGACGGCCCGGAGAUCUGCCGAUUUGCUCCAGCCAUCAUGCUGCUGCUGCUGGCAGUGCACAAAAUGGAGGUUUGGCUUUGGCCUUGUCAGCUGCACUGUUCCCGGGGGCGCUCGGAAGAGAAGUCCCUGCACGCGAGGCCGAAUGAUGAGUUUGCUUUGCAACUGCGUGCACGCAUGCAGCAGGAC